AUGAGAGAGCCUGAAAUAAGUGAAGCUAAUGAGUUUCAAGGGGAUUGGGAUUUUGGACCCCUUUCUUAUCCUGAAAUUUUCGACCGCAGACAUCCCAGUGUCUUUUGGCAGGAGCUCCCCGAUGACGGAAGACCCUUGACCCACUCAACUUCCGAGGGCCCAAGCUCCUCAGCCAGCUCUCUUUCAACCUCAUCGCAUGACCGGAAGGAGAAGGAGGUUACAUUCUGA